AUGGCGGGCGGCGCGGCACUGGCGCCGAGCGCGUCGGCCAGCAAGCGACAGGACUACCCCGGCGGGCUUACCCUGUUCGUGUUCAGGGCGUGCAUGGUGGCGGCCACGGGCGGGCUCAUCUUCGGCUACGACAUCGGCAUCUCCAGCGGCGUCACGUCCAUGGACCCCUUCCUGAGCCGCUUCUUCCCGUCGUGUACCGGGAUGAGGCAGACUCGGCGGACGGCGGCAAACAGUACUGCAAGUUCGACAGCCAGCUGA